AUGGCGCUCAGCGACACCUAUCUUCCAGGUGCUCUCGUUCUCGCACACUCCCUCAUUGACAAUGGCGCUACGAGGAAACUCGCCGUCCUGGUCACGGAGAAUACGGUGUCUGCCGAAGCUAUCUCGCAGCUUCAGACCGUAUACGACUAUGUGAUACCCGUUCCGACGAUACGCAACGUCCAUCCCAACCUCCAGCUCAUGAACCGCGCCGAUCUCCAUUCGGCCUUUACAAAGAUCGCGCUUUGGAACCAAACCCAAUUCUCCAAAAUUGUCUAUGUCGAUGCCGACAUCGUCGCGUACCGGGCGCCCGAAGAACUCUUCGACAUUGAUGCCCCCUUCUCCGCUGCCCCGGAUAUCGGAUGGCCCGACAUCUUCAACUCAGGUGUCAUGGUGUUGACGCCUGACGAAACGGAGUACGCCCGCCUAGCCGAUCUCGCCGACCGCGGCGUGUCCUUCGACGGCGCUGACCAGGGCCUCCUGAAUCAGCAUUUCGGGACCAACUACAACCGCAUCAGCUUUACCUACAACCUCGGCCGGGGAGGUGCUGCUGACCUUAGCCCGCACGACGGCAUGAUUGCGAGAUGGUGGGCGGUAUAUGACCGACAUUACGGUAAUGGCAGGAACCAGGCUCAGGAUGACGCGCAAGGAAAGAAGCAAGAGCUUGUCCAUAGUACCCAGAAUGCACCACCCGAGCCGGCGCGCAAUGUGAAUGAAGGCUUCUUCACCGGCUUUACUCCGGGGAAACGAAGGGAGAGCACUACCAGGACUACGACCGCCACGAGCAGCCCCAUCAACAGCAUCACACGCACCACCACGAACAUCAUGAACACCACGGACACGGACACCAUGGACACCAUGAACACCAUGAGCACCAUGAAGGCCAUGAAAACCACACCCAUCAAGAACACCAACCGGAGCAGCAUCACGAGCAUAAUCAUCAAGAACAUCAAGGUAAUCAAGGUAGUCAAGGGCAUCAUCACGAUAGCCCUCAGGACCGCCACCAAGAGCAUCACCAAGAAAGUCACCCCGGACAUCAUGAAUCCCAGCAUCACCAUCAGGAACAACAGCCUCAAGCUCCCUCGAUGCAGGCAACCUGGGAUGCACAGUGGCCUCCAACUUUGGGCCUCCCCAUCCGCGACCAACGCCUGGGACGAGGUGCCCGGAAUCCGAAAGUAUAUCGAGCGCGUCAUGGACCAAACCGGGCUGGGAGGUCCUCGGCGCUAUUCCGCCGCCGCGACACGCGCCGCGCAACGACAGCAGUGGGAGGCGGCAGCCGCCACAACAAAUCGCCGGGAAGGGUUCUUCAAGGUGACAGAUUUCCCCAGCGUGGAUGACCGGCCAAGUCUGCCCGUAACACCGGCACCUGUGCGGACCGGAGAGGGUGAGGAGGUUGAACCCGUAGGAUUCCCGAUUCCACCCAUCGGCGACGAUGAAGACGCGGCGGCAAGCGACGGCCAGGGGAUUACAGAAAUCAAACCCCGUCUCGCCGAAGCCGAGGGUGUCCCGCCGCAGUCUGACUGGAACCCGGGGGCGCAACUCGAGAGGUUAGCCAAGCUACACCACGUCGACACGCGAUCCGUACUCAGGAGGCUUUCGGCGGACGAUCCAGCCGCGCGGCGCAUAGAAAUCCCCGACAGAUCUCUACCUCCGAGCUCUGAAGGGGUGCUUCACCUCGAUCAUUCCCUUGGACGGCAAGAGCAAGAGCAGCGCCGCCACUCGCAUCAGGAGCGCUCCGUUUUUUCUGAGAGGACACGGACCGAAGAGCGCCAUAGUUCGUGGAGCAACGCCUCCUCCACGACCGCUUCGAUCAGAACUAGCAAGGGAGUGCCGAUUCUCGCUCCGGUACCCGUGAAGGCUGGCUUGCCAGCAAGCAAAGCCGCGACAGGCCGUAUCAUACCUAUUCUUGACGAGCACGAGGACGAAGUUGAAGAGCUGUACAAUGUCAAUGGAAAGUCGAGCUCGGGCUCAGGCUCGGGCUACGCAACCAACUCUUCGUACAGCACGAAGCUCGAAGGAGACGGCACGGUGCAAUUGCCCAGCUACUCUGGCCCUGGGGCUGCCUGGGAGCCCGACACUUAUUUUCCGAGAAAUGUGACGGCUGCGCUCCCGCCGGAUGAGGAGAGAGAUAUCCUCGAGACUUGA